AUGGGUUUCCAACAUUCCGACUCGGGCAUAGCCGCAUCAAUCUUUUUUGCCCUCUACACCAUCUACUGUGCCUUCAUGGUCUACAUCAUCUACAAGAAAGGCUUCAAGACGGUCUACUCAUUCCUCAUUACCUUCCCUGUCUUUCGUUUUGGGUCGCAAUUGUGUGGUAUGGUGUUUUCCAUAGUGGGAUUCGAGCAUUGGCAAUGGCUCAUUGCAUACUUGGUCUUGGGUGCUGAAGGUUACUUUGUGCUUAUCUUGAGUUCGUUUACUUUCGUGACCCAUGCUCAAAAGCUCGAGUUCGGUCACUCUUGGGUAACUGAUACUCGUCUGCACCUACUGUGUCUUCCCUUUGUGAAGUCCUACUCGUCCUUGUUCCAUUUUCUUUUGAUUCCAGCAAAUUCCUUGGUUAUUGCAGGAGGGACUAUGCUUACAGGUGUGGACGACCUUGACGCUGAAAAGGGCAAGGUUGACGCUUCAAAAGCUAUGAGAACGACAGGUCAAACGAUUUUCCUCAUGAUGACGGUUCUUGUGCUUGUCUUUGCUUCUUACGCAUACAAGAAGGAACGAGUUCGCAACCACUUCAACAUUUCUGUCCUAUUCGCUUGUCCGUUCUUAGUCGUCAGAGGUAUAUUUGGUAUCCUUUCCAUUUACAUUGAGGACAUGAACUAUUUCCAGUUCUCUAACUACAGUGCUUCAGGCAUCAAUCACAAGUUGGUUGUGUAUGAGUACGUACUUUCCACAACUAUGGAGUUUGUGGCGUCCAUGUUUAUCUUAAGUAACUUCUUCUUGGAUAAGAGCAAGAGUAAGCAGGAUGUGGAGAGUCUGGAGUCGUGCAGUCUGGACCAGGCUUUCGUCGAUAGCGAGAAACAUUGA